AUGGACUCCAAUAUGGCUGCCGAGAUCGUCAACACGUCCAGCACUCAGCCUGAGCUGCUGCUGACAUGGCCUUUCAGCACUUCCCAGUUGCAAGGCGCUCUGCCGGAUUUUCUUGCGGGCUGGUCCACCUGGCAAUACGUCGUGACUUUUCUGCUUGGCGUGGUGGUCUAUGACCAAGUCAUGUACAUCAAGCGAAAGGGUCCCAUCGCUGGACCUCCGUUCAAGAUUCCGCUCACGGGCCCGUUUCUCCAAGCACUCCAUCCAAAGUUCGAAGCGUAUCUUACACAGUGGGCGAGUGGACCUCUCAGCUGUGUAUCCAUCUUCCACAAAUUCGUCGUCCUCGCCUCCGACCGAGACCUAGCCCACAAGGUUUUCAAGUCGCCCUCAUACGCCGAGCCAUGCAUAGUGCCGAUUGCAAAAGAUAUCAUAGGCCACAAAGCAUGGGUUUUUCUUCAGGGUAAAGCCCACGCCGAGUACCGGAGGGGAUUGACUCCUCUGUUCACUAACAAGGCCAUGGACACCUACCUCCCGGUCCAAGAGAAGGUAUUGACCGAUUACUUCGACAAGUUCGUUGCCGCCAGCAAAGCGAAUCAGGGGCGGCCAAUGGCGUUCAUGACCAUGUUCCGCGAGAUCAACUGUGCGCUUUCGUGCCGCACCUUCUUCGGUGAUUACAUAUCCCAGGACGCCGUCAAGAAGAUCGCCGACGAUUUCUACCUUGCUACUGCCGCCCUUGAGCUGGUCAACAUCCCCCUGUCAAUGUAUAUUCCGUUCACCAAGCCCUGGUUGGGGAAGCGGACGGCCGAUGCUGUCCAUGUCGAGUUCACUAAAUGUGCGGCUGCGUGCAAGGCAAACAUGGUGACAGGCGCGACGCCCACGUGCAUCGUGGACCAUUGGGUGCUCCACAUGAUGGAGUCCAAGCGAUAUCGCGAGAGAAUCGCUGCGGGGGAGACGGAUGUAGAGAAACCAACGAAUCUGAUCCGCGAAUUCACGAACGAGGAGAUCGGAGAGACGCUGUUCACCUUCCUCUUUGCAUCUCAGGAUGCGUCUAGCAGUGCUACAACUUGGCUGUUCCAAGUCCUCGCCCAGCGGCCCGAUGUACUGGAUCGAUUGCGAGAAGAGAACCUGGCCGCGCGGGGCGGUGAUAAGAACAAACCCUUCGAUCUCCUCAUGUUGCAGUCGCUCACCUACACCAACGCAGUCAUCAAAGAGCUCCUCCGCCACAGACCACCGGUCAUCUUCGUUCCCUACCUUGCAACAAAGAACUUCCCUGUCACGCCCAACUACACCGUCCCCAAGGGCUCCAUGAUCAUCCCGUCCUGCUACCCAGCUCUACACGACCCGGAUAUUUACCCCAACCCCGAUGUCUUCGAUCCCGAGCGCUGGAUAUCCGGGAAUGCCGAGUCCAAGACCAAAAAUUGGCUCGUCUUCGGUGCGGGGCCGCAUGACUGCCUCGCAAGGAGGUAUGUACCGCUGUCUAUGGCAGGCAUGAUUGGCAAAGCUGCGCUUGAGCUCGAUUGGAAUCACCAUGCUACGGAGAGGUCGGAGGAGAUUAGGGUGUUUGCCACGCUGUUUCCGAUGGAUGGGUGCCAAUUGGUUUUCACGAGACGCUCCUAG